AAAAGAAAAGAAAAGAACAAAACUUGUAAUUUUUCCUUUGGAUCCCUUCCGGACAUCACACUCUUGUCGUGCAAAUCCCGUACAUCUGCCCUGUGCCAACCUCCGUCCUCGCACGCCGCUUUUUGAACGCUGCUCGUUGUCUGGAGGGCGAAUACCACCCGGAACUCUGAAAGAAGGACCCCCCCGCCCCUGUGGAAGCUUCCCUUGAGUUAUUUGGCUUUGCUAUAUCGGGAUCGAGGUUGGAAAGGGCUCACCUACUCGGCUGUCUCGCUAUGGGAUGCCGUGUUAGGUAUAUCCUGAACACACUCUUCGAUCGAGUGCUAUGUUCAUAGUGGUGUGCUCUCGAGAUAUCGCCACAGCUUUUGAAGCCACGAUCUGCCAGUCACGUUUAUCGUAAUAGGAUAUGCUCUCGCCAAGAUAACAGCAAUGGAUAUAUCCCAAAGCGUGUUGCCAACGGUAUCUGUCGAUAGACCACACCUGAAAUCUCACAAGGUGCUUCCGAGAAAGAGGGAUGUCACCCACGAUGUCGAACUUACUUCAUCUAACGAUAGUGAUGGCCCGCGCGCUGACAGCCCUCUGCUAAAUGGAUUUAUCUUUCCUCAACCCGCACCGACCCUACCCCUAACGCCACCGUCAUUGACACUCGAAUCGAAAAAGCAGUCGCCGCUAACCUUGCCUAUUGACGCUUCACAACCCCAAACGUCCGAUUCCACAAAUGCAACACCAACACGCCAAGCAAACAUUCUGACCCCAGAUAUAACACCACCACGGUCUGCACCGGAUGGCCGCAAACGACCUGCGCAGUAUCGCAACUUCACAUCCAUGUCGUCCAAAGCCGAGUCCUUCAAAACUGCCCGUGAGGUGUUAUCUUCAGAUGACGAUUUAGAAGGUAUAAAUGGAGCUGGGAUAUCUGCUUUGCCACCGCCGAAAUCUCUACUACCUCUCCCUCUGGUUUCGUACGAUACAGUCGGUAGUCCUGGCCACCACUCUAGCUUGGGCUCUCAAGAGAGUGCGUUACGGACGAAGAAGGAAAAUGAAUCAGCAUGUUCUCGUCGUUUUGAUGCCUUUGACAGAGAUAGGAAAGAGCAUGGCCCUGACAAGGCUGAUUUACCAAGAGCAAGGAAUCAACGGCAAAACAGAGACAUAGUGAAUGGUAAUAAAACGUCACCGGGAAUGAAAUCCUGGGAGGAAUCACGUCAAGGACUAGAAUCGCAAACUAAUCGCGAAAGGCCUCUGCGGGAGCGACUGAAGGAAGGAAAGGGUGUCGUAACUAGCGCCUCUAUCGAGAAAUUUGCAAAGGAUAUUGGGUGGCAGGUGCCUGAGGACCGUGACAAACAUUCUUGCCGCCUUUCAGCAGUAUCUGCAUCAUCGACAAUUGAAGCGAUUAUCAUCGAUUCUCCGCCUCGAAAGAAGCAAACCUUGCGUCAUACCGGAAAAGCGGAGUCCUUACGUUCCGUUAGUUCGCCGGCUUCCCAUUCGAAUCGCGAUAUGUCACGAGGUUUAGAGCAGGGGCGUCGCCUAGUUCGUAAGAAUGCUCGAAUAACUGACCAGGACCGCUCUAGCAUUAUGUCUGACAUGUCUCUGGCAUUGACCACGGCCUAUCCCAAGCCAAAAGAAGCGGAAGAAAUCAUCCCGGUUGUGGUCAUCCCUCAGCGGCGAUCGUCCCUAAGAUCUUCCACAUGUGGCAGCAGGGAGCAUUCACGGACUCGUACCAUAGUUGAAAAUCGUCGGCCAACCACGGCGCCUGAGGGUAAAAAUUCAUCCCAUGCAUUUUUUGACUUCCCAAGAAGACGACGUACUAUGUCUGAAUCGUUCCCUCACCCGCGAAGGUCAAGUGAUACUGCUCGCCGAGCUAUAACUUCCCGGCCUAGGAUUCCGGCAAGGCGGUCGUCUCUAUCAGCACCCACCAGUAGGACCGCAUCUCGAACAACAUCGCUUACUUCCGAUAACUUGCAGCAGUAUCAAAUCGCACAAGACACCCAGUCCUUUGCACACCAGAAAUCUCAAGAGGGCCAGGAAAAUGUCCGAAUUUUAGACCCAGUUGCUUUGAAAAUUGAACAGUCGGUACCCAAAGACGUUAAUACUCAAGAUAACACCGAGAACCGUCUUUGCGUUGACAGUCAUUAUAAUGACUCCUUAUUACAAACUCCUUCUUUGCCAAAAACACCAUUUCAGCACUCAAUUCAAUCUUUGUCGCCUGGCCCUAUAGAAAUCUCGGAGGCUCGCGCUAUACCUUUCUUUGUCCACAACAACAAAUCACUCUUACUAGUUGAACAAUACACGCAGCCCGAGUCUCGUGCGGUACAAACGCUGCAAACUUCGCCUACGGAUUUAGAGGUGACUUUAAUUGACACACAUACGUCUAUUAUGGAGCCCCAACUUCAAGCAGCUUGCAUUAAUUCCCCGCUUCGGAACCCGAGACCACCACCGAAGCCUCCAGCACUUAAAGUUAUCCCCCCAACACCUCUUGAAAUAAGUAAACACCGGCCUAAUCAUCUGCCAUCGAGCAGCACAGAGAGCAGCAACGGACUUGCACGCCGCUGGGAAUCUCUGCGUCGCACCUUCAGCACUAAGCAGUACUCCAAUACCGGGGAGCUAGGUCAACCUGUUCAUAAAUUUCGGAACCGCAAAGCCGGGAAGGACAUUGAUAGCAAGCUCCAUCCAUUCUGGCGGCCACGGGAAUUCUGGGAAGAUUUCAAAGAUUCGGACACUGAUGGCGAAUCCGUCCAGCGAAUGCCUAUAUCUCAGAACGUCCGCCAAGCCGGCGAUGUAUACAUUGGGAAUUCUCUAGGUAUACCGCAAAAGCGGAUCUUCCAAGGCCCGCUGACGCUCAUACGUCGGGUCUCGAAUCGAAGUCGGCUACGAGCACCGCGCCGUAGGAAUGACAGCCAUACUAGCAUUAUUAGCACCACUCUUCCUCUCUCUGAUCGACCUGCCCACGAUCGUGCUCUACCAUACUUCCUGUCUUUCAGCGAGAUGCAAAAUUGGAUUGCUCGAACUAAGCGUAGAAAGGCGCGGGAGCGACUCGAGGCGAAGAGAAAUAAACUGCGACAGAUGAUCAAUAUGAAGGCGACUGUGAACCCUAGCUCAGUCGAAUCGGACUAUCCUCAACCAACCAGGUCCGCAUUUGAUAGCUGA